UUUUUGGGUAUAUGGGGUCAACCAAAAUUACUAACGAUGAGAUAAAAGCUUAGUAAGGAUUAUAUUCAUUAUUAUAUAUAAGGUCAGUCAAUAAGCAUUUAUUAUCAUUUUAUUUAUUUAGAAAACUUGUAUUAUUAUCAUUUAAUUUUAUUUUAUUAGAGCAUCUCAAUUGUAUAUACAGUCCUACUAUAUAAUGUCUAAUGAACAAUUAGAUCAAGAAUCAGUAGUACCGAUCCAGGAUGCUAUUGAACAGAAUAUUCCUAGAUCAGUAGAAGAAGAAAAUGAACUUCGUCGACAAGAAACUAUUGCUUCAAUUGCAUCUAUUCAAGCUGUACCUAAUUAUAGUGAAAUAUCAUUACCUCGAGAAAUAUUGUUUAUGUUCUUAGUAUGUAUGUCUCAAUUACUUACUCAAGCAGCUGUAUCACAAACUAUGAAUACUUCUCAAAAGAUAUCAAAAACUUUUGGAGUAGAGAAUGAUCCUGGAGAAAUUUCUUGGUUUUCUGCAUCUUUCUCAUUAACUGUAGGUACAUUCAUUUUAAUAUCAGGUAGAUUAGGUGACAUGUAUGGUUAUAAGAAUAUGUAUCUUGUGGGGUACGUUUGGUUUGCAUUAUUUUCAUUAUUAGCAGGAUUUGCAGCAUUUUCAAAAUCAACUAUUUUCUUUGAUGUGAUGAGAGCAAUGCAAGGUAUGGGUCCAGCCAUUAUGAUGCCAAAUUCUCAAGCUCUUAUCGGGAGUUAUUAUCCUCCAAGUUUAAAGAAAAAUUUAUGUAUGGCAGCUUUUGGAGCUGUUGCCCCAACUGGAUUUACAUUUGGAGCUAUAUUUAGUGGUAUAUUUGCUCAAUUUGUAUGGUGGCCAUGGACAUUUUGGGUUUGUGGAAUGGUAAGUUUAUUAGUAGCUGUUAUUGCAUUUUUUGCUAUUCCUAAUAAGAUAGGAAUAAGAUCAGAGGGUUCAUUUGAUUAUUUGGGUUCAGCAUUUGGUGUUGCUGGUUUGAUUUUAAUAAAUUUUGCUUGGAAUCAAGGUCCAGUUGUAGGAUGGCAUGUACCUUAUGUUUAUAUAUUACUUAUAGUAGGAUUCUUAAGUAUGGGGGUAUUUGUUUAUGUUGAAGGUAAAGUUGCCGAUCCAUUAGUACCACCUGAAGUGUUGAGUGGUGAAACGGGUUAUGUCUUAGCAUGUAUUGCAGCUGGUUGGUCAUGUUUUGGGGUAUGGUUAUUCUAUACUUUCCGUUGGUCACUUAUAGUAGAUUUAGAUUCUCCGUUAUUAUCAGGUGCAAAAAAUAUUCCUGGUAUGUUCACAGGAUAUGUUGCAGCCUUUACAACAGCUAUGCUUUUAAGAAAGAUUCCCUCAUCAGUGAUAUUAUGGAUGGCUAUGAUAGCCUAUUUAGUAGGUAUAGUCAUUAUGGGUACUAGACCCGUUGGUCAAAUCUACUGGGCUCAGAAAUUCGUAAGUGUGGUAUUAACACCCUUUGGGAUGGAUAUGUCAUUUCCUGCUGGUUGUAUUAUUUUAAGUACUUCAUUACCAAAAUCACAACAGGGUAUAGCUGGAUCAUUAGUAUCUACUUUUGUUAACUAUUCCAUUUCAAUUGGAUUAGGAUUUGCUGGAACUGUUGAAUACUAUAUUACCAAAGAUAUGGAACCUUCUCUUGAAACAACCAUUCAUGGUAUGAGGGUAGCGUUCUACAUGGGUAUGGGAUUGGCAGGUUUAGGGGUUGUGGUAUCAUCAUUCUUUGUAUUACAGCAAUUUCUUGUCAGAAGAAAACAACAAUUAGCUGAGAAGUAUUCAGAAAAUCAAGUCCAUAUACCGGCAUAUUCCGAAGAAGCUAAAGAGUUUGAUCAAGAAGAAGAGUGAUUGUUCAUAGUUAUAUAGUAGUUCAUAGUAAUUACAUACUUUAUGAUUUAUUUAUUAUACAAUUAAUUUAAUAGUGAUAGAAUGCCGUUUAAGCUUUUCGCAAUUGUCUGUUUUGGGGUGUGGCUAUUACCGAUUUGGGGAGGUGGAAAAUUAUUAGUCAGAGUGGA